AUGAAUAUUUUUAGGUUUGCUGGGGACAUGACCCACUUGUGCAGUAUAAUCGUACUUCUGUUGAAAAUACAGGCUACAAAAUCUUGUGCCGGUCUGUCGUUGAGGACGCAAGAGUUGUAUGCUAUAGUGUUCGUGAGCAGAUAUUUAGAUUUAUUUUUCACGUUCAUUUCAAUGUACAACGUGAUCAUGAAACUCAUCUUCAUCAGCAGCAGUUUUUGCAUUAUUUGGUACAUGCGGUGUCAUCGAAUCGUUGCGCAGACGUACGAUCGCGAGCAAGAUACAUUCCGCGUGGCGUUCUUAGUCGUCCCCUGCUUCAUGUUAUCUCUUAUGAUAAAUCACGAGUUUUCAUUCACUGAAGUUCUGUGGACUUUCUCAAUUUAUUUAGAAGCUGUAGCGAUCUUACCACAACUUGUCCUGCUUCAGAGGACGUUCAACAUCGACACACUCACGAGCAACUAUAUCUUCUUACUUGGCGCUUACCGCGCAUUGUACAUGUUGAAUUGGAUAUAUCGAUAUUUUACAGAACGCGAUUAUUCGCAGUGGAUAGUUUGGACCAGUGGAACUCUACAAACAGCAACUUACUGCGACUUCUUUUAUUACUAUAUCUUGAGUUGGCGGAAGAACGAGCGACUAUCGCUUCCUAGUUAA